AUGGUUGAGAAGUGUGGUUACUGCGGAGUGUCCAUAUUUCGAGGGGACAUUUCCAUUAUUGUUCCAAAAAGUCAUGGUAUGACGAUCAAAGUUCAUUCGGGAGAGAAACUAAACUCAAAGGGGCAUCGAGCUACACCAAGAAUCACACGCCCCUUCUUUAACCAUUUUAUCCGAAAACCUUGUGAUAUCAGAUAUCAUUUGUGCUAG